AUGUUUAUUACUGUUGCUUUACACCAUGAUUGGUCGAUACUUCAACUAGAUGUGGUUAAUGCCUUCUUACACGGCAAUCUUACUGAAACAAUUUAUAUGUCUCAACCACAAGGAUUUCAAGAUCCUCAAAAUCCCACUCAUGUUUGCAAGUUGCAUAAAGCACUAUAUGGACUUAAACAAGCCCCGAGACAAUGGUUUGCAACCUUGUCUUCAUUUCUUCAUACUAUUGGUUUUCAUAUCAGCUCCGCGGAUCCAUCAUUUUUUAUUUACAAUCAACAUGGCAUACACAUUUACUUGCUCAUCUAUGUAGAUGAUAUACUCAUCUCCGGAAGUGAUUCACAAUUCAUUUCAAAUCUACUACAACAGCUGCAACAAAAAUUUCAGAUUAGAAAUCUUGGCAUGCUAUCACAGUUUCUCGGAAUUACGUUCACCAGGUCUCCGACCGAAUAUCAUCUCACCCAGCAAUCUUACCUUGAGCAACUAUUAUCCAAUGCAGCAAUGUCAUCUUGUAAACCUCUUACUACCCCUUUGCUCCUCAAAUGGCCAACUGAUCCAAACUUGCAAGCAAAUUACACCCAGCAAGAUCAUUUUCGCCACAUUGUUGGCUCACUCCAAUUCUUAACAAACACAAGACCAGAUAUUGCUUUUGCAGUCAACAAAAUAUGUCAGCAUAUGCAUCAGCCGUCUAUUGGCCACUUCCAGCUGCUCAAACGAAUUCUCAUAUAUUUAAAAGGCACGACAUCACUUGGUCUAUUUUUGCCCAAGACAGAUCUAAAUUUAACUGCCUUUGCAGACUCUGAUUGGGCUGGCGAUGCUAUCGAUCGCAAAUCAACAACUGGCUACUGUAUCUUUCUUGGCUCAGCCUUAAUUUCCUGGUCUGUUAAGAAGCAAUCAACCGUCGCACGAUCGUCAACCGAAGCCGAAUAUCGCUCUCUUGCUGCUUCAGCUGCUGAUGUUAUAUGGCUUCGUCGUCUUUGCCAAGAAUUUUCUAUAAAUCUACCAUCCACUCCACUUUAUUGUGACAAUAUAUCCGCUAUGUCUCUUGCUUCCAAUCCAAUUUUUCAUGCGAGAACGAAACAUAUAGAAAUUGAUCAUCAUUUCAUCAGAGACUGUGUUCAAGCUAAACACAUUAUUAUUCAUCAUGUCUCCUCCGUCGACCAGAUAGCCGACAUCUUCACCAAGCCAUUACAUAGUCAAAGACUUGCUCAACUACGUUCCAAACUGCUUGUUCUUCCACACACCAGUUUGAAGGGGACUGUUAAUGAUACCACGUCAACUUCAGCACAGCAGAAAGCAUAA